AUGGGGUCAGAGCACGAAUACGCAUCCGCGUCUCCGAAAGGAGCCACGGUGGACGAGUCGUUUUCAGACGAGCACAAUUCGGCAACAGUCGAGAAGAAGAAGGUGCCUUGGUGGGCAUAUAUCUGGGAUUACGAGCCGGGACGCUCACCGGAGGAACGCGUAUUCAUCCAGAAGCUCGAUGUCUUCCUGAUAACAAUGCUAAGCUUGGGCUAUUUCAUCAAGAACCUCGAUCAGACAAACAUUAGCAACGCAUUCGUCAGCGGCAUGAAGGAGGAUCUCCAGAUGAACGGCAAUGAAAUCAACCUCAUCGACACAGCCUGGACGGUCGGCUAUGUUGUGGGUCAGAUCCCCUCGCAGAUCGUCCUCACCAAGGUACGGCCAUCCAUUUGGGUGCCCUCUUGCGAGCUGCUCUGGACAGUCUUGACAUUUUGUCUGGCGGCUGCAAAGACCUCAAAUCAUGUUAUUGCCAUCCGUUUCUUCGUCGGUUUGGCAGAGUCCAUCUUUUAUCCGGCCGCUCAUACUAUCCUGGGAUCGUGGUAUAAGCCGUCUGAGUUGGGCAAGAGAGCGUGCAUUUUCCACGCCUCCUCAGCUGCGGCCAGCAUGUUCUCGGGCUAUCUGCAAGCUGGCGUUUAUCGCGGCCUCAACGGUGUGCAUGGCCUUGCGGGCUGGAAAUGGCUAUUUGACCGAGACUUGGCCCGCAAGCGUAUGGCGAGCGUCGGCCGUGCUCCUCGGACAAAGUUGGGACGCUCUGCCUUCAAGCGAAUUUUUGGUCGGUGGCACGUUUAUUUAUUGACGAUUCUCUACAUUGUUUUUAUCAACAUCGGCCCGUCCAGCAGUGUCAACCCCUUUUCACUGUGGCUGAAGGCAAAGGGCGAGACUGUGGAGAAGAUUAACAUCAUUCCUACAGCUGCAUCUGCAAUCCAGCUGGUUCUCACCGUCUCCUUCGCCAUCGUCUCUGAUGCAAUUCGUCACCGUGCUAGCGUUAUGUCCGUGUCUACUUUCCUCGGCGGUUUCGCAGCCUUGAUUCUAGCCAUCUGGAACGUUCCAGACGGCCUGAAGUGGUUCGCAUUCCUGCUGCAGCGUGCUUCUGUGCCGUACGGACCGCUCAGCAUGAGCUGGACUAACGAGAUUUGCGGCGCUGAUGCCGAGGAGCGCGCCAUAGUCAUUGGCAUCAUGAACUCAUUGGGAUACGCAUUCAACGCCUGGGUGCCAAUCUUGACGUAUCCUCAAGUCGACGCCCCGACAUUUAAGAAAGGUUUCAUUUAUUCUACAGUUGCCUUUGGUGCUCAAGCUAUCAUCACGGCUACCGUGGCGUACCUUUACAAGCGCGAGAGGAAGAAGCAGGGAAUCGCUAAGAGAGAUGAAGAAGGAGUCACUGCGCCAGCUUCGGUUCCUAAUGUAGAAUAA